AUGUAUAAAGACACUGAAAAUAUUCAAGAUGAGAAUAAAAAUAACCGGAAAAACAAAAAAAGAGAGAAACAUAUAGAAAAGGUCAUAAUUAGAGUAAAAAGAAGAAUUGAUGAUACAAGUAUUCCAUCUAUUUAUGUAAAGAAAUCUAAUAAAAGGAUAUGUCAUGGCAAUUUUUAUAAACAUAUUGAUACUAUCAUACCCGAGGAAGGUAAGGAUGAAAAAAAUAUUGACUGCAUAAAUUUAUUUUUAAAACAUGAAAAAGAAAAUUAUGAAACGAACAAUUUGUAUGAAUAUUUAAAUAUUGAAGAAGAAAAGAGAAAAAGAAAAUUAAGCAGCCUAAAAAAUUAUGAAAAGGAUUUAAAACAAACCAUUAAUAACUUAAAGAAAUAUAAAAUUAUAAAUGAAAAUAUUCAAUAUAUUAAUUUAGAUGGUAAUGGGAAAGGAGUGUAUAAAAUAAUCGAUGUGGAUAUAAAUCAAAAGGAAAAAGAAAAAAAAAAAAAAAAAAAAAAAAAUGAUGAUAAUGAUAAUAAUGAUAAUAAUAAUGAUAAUUAUAAUGAAUAUAACCAAAGUGUAGUAGAAAAACAAGAUAAUGAUGAUUAUAAAAAUUACGAAUAUGAUUUAUACAUAUUGGAUGAAGAAAAAAUACAAUUACAUAAUUAUAUGGACUAUCUUUAUGAUAUAAAAAAUAAUAAUGUUGAUUCUUCUGAAGUUUUAGUUCUAGAAGAUAUUUAUGGAAAUAAUGAGAAAGAGUAUGAAACCAAUUCUUUUUCAUCAUCUUCUAUAUCUGAUAGUAAUUCAGAAAAAGAAAUGUCUGAUUAUCCUGACGAAAGUUCAAGUGAAAGAAAUUAUGAUAGUGAUUAUCAAAUGUCUGAUGAUUAUAUUCAAAAUAUGCUAAAUAGUAGUGAUGAGUUUGAAAAUAAUAUGCAAGAAAAGUUUAGUGAAAAUGAAGAAGAACAUUAUUUUGAUGAUAAAGAAGAACUUUUUUUUAAUGAUCAAGAUGAUCAUUUGUUAGAUGAUGAUAAUAUAGAAAACAAUUUUAAUAAUAAAGAGUAUGAUAUUUUUGAUGAUAUUAAUAUGAAUAUCCAAUUUAAUUCUAACAUUAAUAAUAAUUUUGAUCAUAUUAAUUAUUCAAAUGAUCAGGUAAAUAGCCAAAAUGAUGAUGAUCGUUUUGAAAAAAAUAGCUUAAAAUAUUUUGAACAUGAUAAUAAAAAUAUGAACAGUUCAGGUAAAAAAAAAAUGAAUGUUCAUAAUAUGCAAAAUUAUAUAUCUCAGAAUAAGGAAAAGGGGAUGACAUCUUAUCAGAGGCGAAUAAAUGAUUUAAACUUUGAAGAAAAAAUAAAGGAAGAGUUAGAGAAGAGAUUAAAGAAUGAGAAGUCGAAUUUAUUGAAUGUGACUUUAUCAGAUAAAUUGAAAAUAUUGGAGCAGAUGGAAAAGGAAUAUUAUGAAGAAUAA